UGCUCCCACCCCGCCCUCGGGUGCUGCGCGCCGCUCUCCGCGUGGGGCGCGCUCCGCGUGGGACAGGCGCGCGCGGUCCCGGUCCCAGGUGUGCAGCUGGGGACGCGCGCGGGUGCAGAUGGCUGGCACACUCCGCCUCCUCGUCCCGGCCCUCCGCGACCCUCUGGCUUGCACACUGGGGCAGAUGGGUUAAUGCAGAAUGCAGAUGGAUCCCCCCAGAGAACCGGGUGCUGGGGGGGGGGGGCUAGGGGGGGAGGGAAGAGGUGCUGCUGAGGCAUUUGCCUGUCCUCAAAUCAACCUUUAACUUUAGCGGAGCUGAAGAAAGGGGUGUGUGCUUUGGGCUUCCAGAAAGGUUACCUGUCAGUUGUUAAAAGAAGAAGAGCCCCUAGUUUAAUGAACCCUUUUUACUGUUAUUAAGAACUGAUGGAAAUAGUUUCUCGGAGGAUCACUCUUUAAUAAGGAAGAUAGGAAGUGCAGAGACUCCCAUUCAUGGCUCUCCAUUCUGUUUCCUGCAACAGCACACACACUCUGGUGUCUCACCUGUUUGGAAAUGGCUUAGUGCGUUUGAUGUGUUUAUGUAUUUCUUUUCUUUUCUUUUUUCUGUCCUGGAGAUUGAACCUAGAGCCUCCUGCAUCCUAGGCAAGCAUUCUGCCACCUAGCUACACAUUCCCAGCUUUCUCAGAUUUUUCUUUCUUUUACUUUUUGAGACAUGGUGUUGGUUAAGUUGUCCAUGCUUGCCUUGAACUUGCAAUCAUCCUGACUCAGCCUCUCUCAAGUACUGAUAUGACGGGCAUUUCCCAUCAUACCCCAUAUCCUGGCUUAUGCUUUACUCUUAAAUUCCUUGACCUCCUGUCAAGACACAGGAAUUUGCUUCUACCUGGAAAUAGUUAUUUAAAAUUUACAUUGGAAUAUGGUGGAGGUGGGGGCAGGGUGGGGCAUGUUAUGUUGGGCAACUGUUCAAUUGCUCAGUGUACUUUGUUAGUCUUCAGGGUCCUUGCUUUUAUUUAUUCAUUUGUUGGCUGACUUAAGGUUAGUGCUUUCAUUAGUAGCUUUUGUUUUCAUAAUUAGAAAGCUGAAUAGAUUGCUUUCUACUGGUGUUUUUAAUAGCAAAAGAGACACUCUAAUGUGUAUGCUAUUGAAUUAAACAGAAGAAGAGGCCAGUGAUUGUGAGAAUCUGAAUUUCAAAUCUGCAAAAGAAAGGUGCAAACAGAGACCAUGAACGUAUGGUGCAAUAGCCCUACUUUUGGUGGGAAAAAUAUACAGCCAUUCUGGUGGAGCAGUUUGGGCCCCAUGGGAUCCCUGUGACAGUAUUUCCCAAAAGGGAAUAUAAGGACAAACCGGACGCCAUGCAGCUCCAAAGUAACACAUUCCAAGAAGGGAUAGAAGUCAAGCGGGAAGUGAACGGUGCUGUUCCCGAUGACCUGUCUCCAGUCCCUCCUCCUGAGCGCCUGUGGACUUCCAAACCACCUCCUCUCUUCCACGAAGGAGCACCUUAUCCUCCCCCCUUGUUUAUCAGGGACACAUAUAACCAAUCAAUACCUCAGCCACCUCCUCGGAAAAUUAAGCGACCCAAACGAAAAAUGUACAGGGAAGAACCCACUUCAAUAAUGAAUGCGAUUAAGCUACGGCCCAGGCAAGUCCUGUGUGAUAAGUGUAAAAACAGUGUUGUUGCAGAAAAGAAGGAAAUUAGGAAAGGUAGCAGUGACUCUUCUAGGUAUGAAGAUAAAAAACGGAGACAUGACAGUGUAGCUACUGUGAACAAAAAACUGAAAACUGACCAUAAAGUGGAUGGGAAAAACCAAAACGAAAGCCAGAGAAGGAACGCUGUGGUGAGGGUUUCCAGUAUAUCUCACAGCAGAGGCAGAGUAGUAAAGGUUUCUGCUCAGGCAAACACAUCAAAAGCUCAGUUAAAUACCAAGAAAGUGCUCCAGAGCAAGAACAUGGAUCACGCAAAAGCUCGGGAAGUAUUGAAAAUUGCCAAAGAAAAGGCACAGAAGAAGCAGAGUGAAACCUCCACUUCCAAAAACGCACACUCAAAAGUCCAUUUCACACGUCGGUAUCAGAAUCCUAGCUCAGGUUCUCUCCCACCUCGAGUGCGUUUAAAACCACAAAGGUACAGGAACGAAGAAAAUGACUCUUCUCUGAAGACGGGACUGGAGAAAAUUCGGAGUGGCAAGCUGGCCCCUAAGCCGCAGUCUCGAUGCACCUCCACCCGCUCAGCAGGUCUCAACAAAUGGCAGCUAUUACAUCAGACAGUGACGAGUCCUGCUGCUCCCUUACAGUGUCUGACAGACCACUGUGGAUUCAGACUGGGAGCAUUGAAGUUAACAGUGAAGCGGGCAGCACAAAGACAUUAGCAGACUGCUGGUUUCUUGGACGUGCACCACAGUGACAGAACAACAAAGCAACAGAACUGAAUAAGAUUGGAGCUUUAAGCUGCACUAAGAAGUAAAUGUAAAGGCAGUGACUAAAACCAGUCAAUCUACACAGGGGCAGUUGCAAGGUAGACUGAAUGGAAGAAAAGGUAUUAGGGAAUAUUUUAUAUAUAUAGAAGAAACAAACUGCUGCAAUAAAUUAUGCAUGAGGUGAGGAAAAAGUGGUAUGAGCAAUGUGCAGGACGCACUGAGUGUAGUGCGGAGGAAUCACUGACAGUAGCUUCUCUUGAAUGUGAACAGUAGUUUGGACAGGCCUACCAGGCAUGGGAUGGUGCAGAAACAUGGAGUUGUUUGCAUACCUAACCUUUGUGCUUUCUCCAAGGAUUAUGUUUAUCAGUUCAGAAAUGAGCAGAGGUGUGUUUAAAAUGGCACUCCAGUGAAACAGCAGUGGUCACAUGUGCUAAGGCCAGUGCUUCCUCCAGGGUGCCAGUAGAAACAAAAGGAAGAUGAUCUGACAUCCUGCUGAAAGGAUGGCUAAGUGCCCCGCCCACCCACAAGUAAAAUGUGGAUCUUUUAAUAAAACAGGGCUGUAUUAUCUUGAAUAUAUGUUUGCUUGUUAGAACAUAUUAAGAUGUAUUUAUUUGCCACUAGUAUUUAACAUUUUGUGCACAUUUUCAUAACUGCAUUCGUACCUUUUCAUAUUUUGACUCCCAAGUGGAUAGGCUAGUGUUGAACUUGGAAUGAAAUCAUACGCUCCCGAGAACUAGCUCAUCAUUCUGAGCUGGACAGGCUUUUAUUGUGGCCUCUCCCUUCCUGAGUGGUGCUGUUCAGAAAAGGUGACAGCAGCGUCCGGCUAUGUUGAUCUGGACCUCUUUCCACAGCCAGAAGCCCCUCCUCCUCCUCGGUGCAGGAGAUUCUCACAGGCGUUGGGGAACAAGUGGCAGGAACAUUCAUGAAAACAGCCUAAACUUUUGGUGCAUGGAACAUGAAUUCUUAACAGAGACCACAGAUUUUCCUUGUCUUUGCUAAAUACAUACUAUGAAACUCCUUAAUUUUUCUUGUUUAAUGAAUGAAGAACACAUGAGAAAAUCAGAUGGACCUGUUAGUACUACAUUUUUAAAGCAUUUUAUAUUUGAUGGUGCCGUAAUUUUAAUAAUAAAACUGAAGAUUUUUAGUGGCAAUACUGAUUUAUUUUUUAAACCAGAAAGAUAACAUCAUAUUGAUUACUUACUACAAAAAGAAAAAAAAAAAAG